CGCUUCUACAAUAAUUGCGACCACGCGAACUAAACAAAACGCCGGGAAACGUUUACAGUACUCGACGGAAAUUAUUUGUUGUAUGCUGAAUAUUUACAAACUAUAGCCCAAUGGGAUUCACACUUAGUACAAGCUAUAUAACUAAAUCUUAAAAGCUGACAAAAUGGUCAAGUUAACUGCAGAAUUAAUAGAACAAUCUGCUCAAUACACCAACCCGGUCAGGGACCGCGAAUUGGAUUUGAGAGGCUACAAAAUACCUGUCAUUGAAAAUCUUGGAGCGACAUUAGAUCAGUUUGAUACGAUAGACUUCUCUGAUAAUGAUAUUAGGAAGUUGGACGGAUUCCCGCUACUUCGGCGCCUUAAAUGUUUGCUCUUUAAUAAUAACAGGAUUGUGCGAAUAUCGGAGGGUAUUGAAGAAUGUCUUCCCAGUUUAGAAUCUAUCAUUCUAACCAAUAACAAUAUGCAAGAACUGGGAGACCUGGAUGUCCUUUCUUCCAUUAAAACUUUAAAGUUUCUUAGCUUACUGAGGAAUCCUGUUACCACAAAAAAGCAGUAUAGACUGUACUUAGUACACAAGGUUCCACAGCUACGAGUGCUAGACUUUCAAAGAAUCAAACAAAAGGAACGUGAAGCAGCAGCUAAGAUGUUUAAGGGAAAGAAAGGACAGGCUUUGGCUCAAGAGGUAGGAAAGCGAAGCAAGACAUUCACAGCGGGAGAAAAAUUGACAGAAAAACGUGCACCCACAGGACCCUCUAAAGAAGAUGUUGAACUAAUCAAGACUGCCAUUACACAAGCUGCUACAUUGGAGGAGGUGGAGAGACUUAACCAGAUGUUAAAGACGGGCAUCAUUCCAGGUCGGGAACUGAAACGACUCCGAGGAGAUGCAGUAGAAGAAGAGGAGGAGAUGGACGUGACGAAUGGAACGUGAUAGAGCUACCAGUACUAGGGAAUUAAAUGGAAAGAAGAAUAAAGAUUACCUGUUACUUGUACUGCACACUAUGGCCAACCCAAUCAUACAUCUGUCAUUUCUGGUUAUCAAUUAGUUGGGAAUGCAUUACGUUGCAGUUAAAAAGAAUAUUUUAAUUUCUGACACUUACUUGAAAUGCAUUAGAUAGCAACCUUGAUGUAGGUGUUAGACACCGGAAUCCAUUUACAGUUUUGUCAUUGAAAUAGCCACUCAUUGUAGGAAAAUCAUCCAUUCCCCUAUCACAGAUCAUAUCUUCAUGAUUAUUGUAUAUUUUGUGUAUUGAUGUCAGUAUCAGUGUUUACACUGGUAAGAACUGGUUACUACUACUGAGAUUUGAGAAUGUAUGUCGGGUAUUGUGACUGAUCAAGAACUUAUAGCAGAAAGCCUGUCAGGCAAAUGGAAGAACCCACAGACUUAAUUGACAAAGUGUUGUUCCAUGGAGCAUGAAGGCAUACUGCUACAGAUACUACUACUUUGUUCUGGUCACCAAAGUGUCAGUAUGGUCAUCAUUCUGUACAUGAUUAUCUUUAAAAAAAAUGAUUUAAAAAAAAUGAUUUAGUCAAUAUUGUAUGUGUUUGACACGCCUGUAGAUCUAUUUUAUGGUAAAAAAAUACCUGUUUGGAAAAGUUUCUGCACAGAAAGCGAUUAAGAUACAGAGUUAUUUCCCUUAUAUCGACAAAACAGAAUGAUUUGAUUUUAAAAGAGUAACUCCCCUUUGUUUGUAAAUUUGGCAUGAUUUCUAAUUGUAAUACGCAUCAUACUGUAUAUUUGAAAUAAAGGUUGAGAGGCUUUGUAAUAAAG